UUAUAGGAGUGAAUUUAGUAAGCAUACAAGAACACGAGAUGUCUCAGGCCGGAAUCGACAAUCUUAAUCUUGAGCUAGGCAUGGUGGGAGCGCAAGUCGCCGGCGGCGAGGCUCCCGCCGCCGGCACAUCGCCGGAGACGACUGUGAAGGCGCUGCGGGGAGUGGGGUUCCUCACCCUCGUCAUUUCAGUGGGCACGCUCGUUUACAAGCCACCUCAUGGCCUUCUCUUCCAGCUUCACGUGCUUGCCUACUACCUCACGCUCGUGGGGAUCUUCUUCGCCGGAGUGGUGGAGGUGUGGACGGCGUUCUGGGUGUCCGAAGCCGGUGUCGGCGGUGGCCGUCGCGCGUUCGGGAGAGCCGUGCUCUGGGCCUCCGUCGUGCCGCUCGCCGCCGCCCUCGGAAUCGGCGGCUACACCGUCCUGGCCAACGUGCCCAGUUGAGAGGGCUAUGAUCACUCGCUACCGUUCAGCUUGUUCGCCUCUUCGCUGUAAUUUGUGAAUGUACUAAUGCAGCUAUGCUCAAUUAGUUCAAAAGGUAUUAGUAUUAGGAUAUUCUUUUACCUCUUCCGAAGGUACUGAUAAGAUUUUCUUCAGAUUGCAAUGCAGUACUUGGGGAAAGCGAUUUUAUCUCUCGAGGAAAUAUCCACUCGUUCCGUGCAUGUCAACUAAAUAGUCAUAAAAAAAAUUGAAAUAUAUAU